UCGUCGUUUAAUAGGGUGAAAAGUGAAAGUAGCAAAACUGACUUCCUCUAUUUUUAUGCAGAAAUUGCAAUGUUUUUGCUGCCAUUAAUCAAAGCAGCGCCACUGAGUUCAUCUGCGCCACUGAUGUCAUUGUUCGCGAGAGCGCUAUGAAAAGGCAGGCCGCGCGCGCACUUAAGUUACAUGGAUUGAUGUUUUCACACCUCGUCACACUAAAGGCGGCUCGGUUUCGGUGCCCCAACGACCCUCGUGUGAGCCCUCCAGCCUCCCUCUGAGCCCCUUAAAGGCCCUGAAGAUGGCACCGACCAUCAAAAGGACCCUCGUUUCUAUAAGUAGUCUCGGUUUGGUCUCAGAGGGACCAAAAAAGCACCGCUCAUUCUCCAAGAGGGCAGCUUAGGAGAAACACCACGCAGCUCCUCUGUUCUCUCUUCUCUCUCUAUUGUUUAUGAUCUCUACCACGAUGCGGCUGAUCUGCGGGAUGCUGGUGGUACUCUUGUUGGUAGGGGUCCGCUCGGACAGACCCCCGCUGGGGCAGACCCGCUCCUCCUAUCCGCCCUACAUGAUGCAGCUGUACUGCAGCGCGCUGUCUGAGGGCCGCCGGGCGGGCAGCUCUCCGGACAGCGGCCGCGGAAAGGAGGCCCUGCAUCACGCCGACUCAGUGCUCAGCCUGCUGGCCAAGAGUUGCCACCAGGUGGGUGACAAGUGGGCCAUCACUUUUGACAUGUCCUCCAUCUCAGCCACCGACAAUGUCCAGCGGUCAGAGCUUCGCAUUCGCCUUCCAGAGUUUUCUUCCUCUGAUAACACUGUGGUGGACAUCUACCACGCUCCUAAAGGCCACUGUGGUCAGGACACCUGUGCUGAAGAGCAUCUUCACCUGGGCAGCCUCAGAGCAACAAUCAAGUCUUCCUCGCACUCUUCUUGGAGGGUCCUCAACAUGACUCAGCUCCUGAAGUAUUGGCUGCAUCAGGGUGGUCAACUGCCGACCCAGGAACCAAGCCAGGAAGAACCGACCAAAGGAGCAAGCCAAGAGCCUAAGACUGUCCAGCAUCCAACAGCCAACAGCGUCAUGAUGGUGGUCUACUCCAAACAGGCACAGAGAAAAGCAUCUACUCUCAUCCGCACAGCUGAGCACUCCAAGUAUGUGGCUUUAGAUCACACCAGCAGUGCUCAUGGGUCUGUAGCCCGGAGACACAAGCGGAACCACAGGGUUCAUAAGAAAGUGCGUGAGGCAGCAGGGGCAGGCGUGCAUAUCGGAGCCCCCAAAGCAGAGGGCGACAAGAAGCUUCUGUGCAGAAAGGUGGACAUGUGGGUGGACUUCGAUCAGAUCGGCUGGAGUGAAUGGAUCAUCUAUCCGAAGCGAUACAAUGCCUAUCGCUGUGAGGGUAGCUGCCCUACACCGGUCGACGAGUCUUUUACCCCAACAAACCAUGCAUACAUGCAGAGUCUGCUGAAGCUGCAUCACCCAGACCGCGUCCCAUGCCCAUCCUGUGUGCCUACGCGUCUGGCUCCUCUCUCUAUGCUGUACUAUGAGAAUGGGAAGAUGGCAAUGAGGCAUCAUGAAGGCAUGGUGGCAGAGGCAUGUGGCUGCCACUGAUCUCCAAACACUGAGCAACUUCAGCACUUAAGAA